UUGAUAUAUCCUUCCACCACUUAUGGUGCUACUGUAACACUGCACUGCCUAAUUCGUGUGAUGGAAAUAACUUUUUAUUUUAUUUUUUGAGUUACACUAACCUUUCUUUGGCACAAAUCGAAGUUGCAUCACAGAAUUUUGGCCUUUCGCUCCCGUUUCAGUUUCAAAUCUCCGAGGGCUCCAGGACCGGCAUAAGUUUAUCACUUCAGAAGAAUUAUAGGAAGAAAGAUGUUUUCAAUCGCAGCGAUCAAUGAUUCGGAUUCAAAGAGUGAAUGGGAGCCCCUGGCACCAACCAAAGAAGCUCGGGAGUUUCGACUUAAACAAAUGUACCAGGAAGGUCUUAAGCAGUUGCAUGCUGGAGAUUAUUUAACAGCUCAGAAUUUGUUUGAGGCUAUUAUCCAAGAUCCUCUCAUAUCAAUUACAGAGCAGCUGGAACACAAUAUAAGUGAUAGUCAUAUUAUUCAGCUCAGGUUCUUGACAUUGAAGAAUCUGGGCAACACAUUUGCCAAACAAGGCUCUAUGUACUAUGAGAAAGCUGUUCAGUGCUAUCUUCAAGCUGUGGAAAUUGACAGAAAGGAUAUCGUUGUCUGGAAUCACUUAGGGACAUUAUCAUGUGCUUUGGGAUCAUUGAAUACAUCACGCAGGGCUUUUGAAGAAGGUCUUAAUUGCAGUCCUAACAAUUGGAACUGUAUGGAGAAGCUUUUGGAGGUUCUCAUUGCAAUCAGAGAUGAAGUGUCGUGUCUUAUUGUUGCAAAAACCCUCCUGAAAAAAUGGCAUUCACAUUCACGUGCUUCCAUUGUAAAGAGAGUAAUUGAGGAGUCACAGUCAACUCCUUUUGAAAUAUGUGGCAUAGAUAAACUGGAGCCAAAGCACAUUGGUUUGUCUUUUCCUAAGAAGAGGAAAAUGGUAGACAUUGAAGAAAAUAAUAGUUGUUCAAAAAUAGGAAAAAUUCAACAGGUAGAUCUACAUUUGCUGGAAGCAUCAUGGGGUGCGCUCAUAGAUGCCCUCUUAAAUAUCCUCAAGUCAAAGAUGCCUAGCAAUCAUGAGCAUGAUAUUGAAUAUGGGGAGGCAGGCUGUUAUAGUGAUUACCAAAGGUUGGUAAAUGCUAAAUAUAAAUUUUUGGUGAGGAACAUAGAGAUAAGUGAUGUCAACCUAAGAUGGCAAACAUUGAAUAUGCCACAUUUUUUUUCAGGGGAUGACACAGACAAAAGUAUGGAGGUGAAUGCAUCUUUAGAAUGUAGUUCAAAGGCAUGCAGAAUUCUUUGUAAAGACAAAGGAAUAAGCACAAGCACACUUGCAAUCCACAGAGAUGUACCUGUUAUUGAAAAUAUCAAUGAAAGAACACGCCUUAGUAAAGAAAGGGAACUUUCUACAGAUGAAGAACCUCCUCAGGAAAGGCGCAGCACUCGCCUAGAGCAGCUUAGGACUCGUAAAAGUGAACGAGAAGAAUCAGAUCUAGAAAAAGGGAAGGAGCAAGCCAAACUUUUAAGGAAAAUGCUUAAUCCAUUUAUUGUUUGUGACACAAGACAGAUAAAUUUCUCCAAAAUUGCUGAUAUUUCUUCCAUGAAACAUCCUUCAGAAGUGGAUAGAAAUAUGAACUUGUUUGACUCUGAUGACUCUGAUGUGAUUAAAUUCCUUAAGGAAAUCAAUGGUAAUUAUGGCGUCUAUCAAAUUGGGGAAUUGAUUCUAGAAAAGCUAUCUGCAAACAAUUUACCAUAUGAGGACGGCCUAUAUCGAUUGCUGGAACUUGAUAAAAUGACAAGGCAGUGGAACCAUGAUAAGUCUCCUUACUGUAGCCUUUUUCUGGCAGAACUUAAUUCUGAUCUUGCAACAUCCUGUUCUAAAGAAUCCAAAUUUAGUGAUCUAUUUAAUGAAGCAAUGUAUCAUCUCUGUAAAGUUGUGGAGUCAAUUUCUGUAAAUAUGCACUUUAACAGUUUUGUAAUGAGUGCUGGACAUAUACCAAAAACCUUGUCGCAGUCAACAAUUUCAUUUGAAAUAGGUUCCCAAUAUAAACACAGUUUGGGAAAUAAGAACAUGGAUCGUUCAUGCAGCUCUUUUAUGGAAGGAAGUACAGUUUCAGAUGGUUUAACAAGAACAGACAAUGCUGUGGUACAUACGAACAAGGAUGGUCUGAAGUCCAGAACAAACGAUUCAGUUUUAACACUUGACUGGUCCUUCUGGGUUCGUUUUCAUUGGUUAAGUGGUCGAUUGUGGACAUUGUCUGGUGAUAGAGAGAAAGGCUGUAAAGAGUUUCAAAAAUGUUUUUCUAUUCUAAAUGACAGACUAGUUAAAAACGGUACUGGUGACAGAGUUAUGCUUCCCUAUUGUAAGGUUGAUAAGGAAAUCUCUCUGCAAAGAGUUCAGCAUGAGCUUAGGUUAUUGGAAAUUGAAGGAUUGCUGAAAAGCUCUUGUCCUGAAUUGCUUGAGAGAGAGAAAUAUUCAGAGUUGGUUAAGCUACUUUCUCCAGUUAUCCUUUCUGGUAAUGAGAAAUGCUUUGUUCAGGGAUUGGGUGUGAACAAGGAUUACACUGUGGAUACUUCAGUCGAGUUGUCUGGUUUGGAUACAUUGAUAUUGGCUUGUGAGAAAGAUAACCCAAAGGACCUUGCAACUUUGUUGAAGUGUCAUAAGAGGAGGUUAGAAAUUCUUUGUCUUGCUGCGGGCAUAGCUGAAAUACCAGAGGCAGAUAAUGUAAUUGACAAGGUCUCUAUGUGUAAUGCCUGUAACCUUACAUUUGAAGUGGAGCUGGAAGAGGCUAGGAAAGGUCACUGGAAUAAAAUGGUUGCAGAUGAAAUCAAAUCAAUAUCCAGAUGUGCAUCUCAUAUAAAAGAAGAAAUUGAUGAGAGUGAAACUCCAGCAUCUUUUGAUAUCCCUACAGCAUUAUUGGGACGGCUGCAGUGUUUACUCUUGACAGUUAUGUGUCAUAUUAUUAAAGUACUUCCUUCUCUCAAGUCAUCUGGUUUGGUAGGUACUGAUUCCAGUGAACAACUAGAAACCACUUGUUUUGUUAAUGCAGCAGUUGCAUUUUGCAAGCUUCAACAUUUGGAUUCAGGCGUCUCUUUGAGAAAGCAGGUUGAACUGCUUGCAACAGUACAUGAAUUACUUGCUGAACAUGGACUUUGCUGUGCUGGGAAAGAUUGUGAGGGUGGUGAAGGCACAUUUCUCAAACUAGCCAUUAAGCAUCUUUUAGCUGUGGAGAUAAAACUGAAAAUGAAUCUUAAUUCUGCAAAUUGCCAGGAAAAUGUAAAUGCAAGCUUAAAACAAUAUUCUGAGAAUGUCCACCUUACAGAAGAGCUCCCUAAAAGUUCAUUUGGAAACACGAAUUUGGAUGGGCGGGAUGAUCUCUUAAAAGAAGAGGAGAUCGAUAGGUUUGAGCCUAGAUCUCUCAAGGAAAUAGCCGUUGCAAGCACUUCUGGAACAGAAGUUGUAAGAAACACCGAGGAUGUUCUUAAUAGCAUUAAGAGUAGUUCUGAUAUUUGUAAAGGGUCUUCCUUUGAGACGAAAAGAGAAAACAUGCAAAUAGGAGAUGCUGGAGAUUCCUAUGGUGAUUUUGAAAAUACAAAGGUAGAUUUGGGCAUAGAUAAUGUAUUGGAUCAGAGUUUCUUCUGUCUGUAUGAUUUGAACCUUAAAGGUGGUCUGGACACAUCUAGUGAAGAUGAUUUGGCUAUUCACAGGAAUACAAGUCUUGGAGACUAUCAAACAAAGGAGCAGUGUGCUGAUGUAUUUAAAUAUCUUCUGCCAUAUGCAAAAGCCUCUUCAAGAAAUGGUUUAGUUAAACUUCGGAAGGUCUUGAGAGCUAUUCGCAAGCAGUUUCCACAGCCUCCUGAAGAGGUUUUGAAUGGAAACACCCUGGAUAUAUUCCUGGAAGAUCCUGAUUUUAAUGAAGAAAAAAUUCGUGAUAUGGCCAUGUCUGGAGAAAAUAUAGAGCAUAUAGUUCGAUAUGCUUUUGCAUCUGGAGAAGAUUGUAAUAAUGAUCAAACCCCACUAACUGGAAGAACUGUAAUUGCCAGGGAGUUGGAAAUGUGUAUUAGAAGCAUGAUAUGUGGGAAGAAUAUUGAUGCUAGCACCGAGCCAUAUUUGGAAGUUUAUACAAACCUGUAUUACAUUCUUGCUCAAGUGGAAGAGAUGAGUGCUACGGAUAAAUUUUCUUCCUUUGUACUUACAAAGGAAGGGGAAGAAUUUGUUCAACAAAAUGCUAGUCUCUUUAAGUUUGAUCUGUUAUACAAUCCACUGCGUUUUGAAAGCUGGCAAAAACUGGCAAAUAUUUAUGAUGAGGAGGUUGACCUCAUGUUAAACGAUGGCAGCAAACACAUAAAUGUAGUGGAGUGGAAGAAGCAAAGUAACUUGUCUCAGAGAGUAGAAAUUAGUCGAAGGAGAAGUAGACGCUGUUCAUUAAUUAGUUUAGCUUUAGCAAAAACUCCUGAGCAGCAGUGUCAGGCACAUGAAUUAUUGGCCCUUGUAUAUUAUGAUAGCAUUCAGAAUGUGGUGCCAUUAUAUGAUCAGCGGCAUUAUGUACCAGCAAGGGACUCAGCCUGGACGAACUUCUGUCAGAACUCCCUAAAACACUUUGAGAAAGCUUUUGCAUACAAACCAGAAUGGUCUCAUCCAUUUUACUUGGGUAAGCUAUCUGAAAAGCUAGGUCAUCCAUAUGAGAAAGCACUUUCAUAUUAUAGCAAAGCUGCAAGCAUGAAUCGCUCUGCUGUAGAUCCUGUUUAUAGAAUUCAUGCCUCACGGUUGAAGUUGCUUUACACCAUUGGCCGACACAAUUUACGUGCCAUUGAGGUUGUGGCAGGUUAUUGCUAUCAGCCUGCAACAAAAGAAAAAGUGACCAGUAUCUUAGAAGGUGCGUGCAAGGAUGAUUUACAGAAUGCAAUGCUAACUGAAGCACUGAAAGGGGACUGUCCAGUAGAGGCACCAGGACCUCUGGAGGAGGCAUGGAGUUUACUUUUUGAUGACUGUAUUUCAGCUCUAGAAAUUUGUGUUGAAGGAGAUCUUAAACAUUUCCAUAAGGCUAGGUAUAUGUUGGCCCAAGGAUUGUACUAUAGAGGGGAAGAAAAUGAUUUGGAAAGAGCAAAGGAAGAAUUAUCCUUCUGUUUUAAGUCCAGUCGAUCAGUUUUUACGAUCAAUAUGUGGGAAAUUGAUGGCGCAAUUAAAAAGGCAAGGCGGAAGGCUCCUGGUCAUGGUGGUGCAAAGAAGGGUCUAGAGCUGGCAAUGCCAGAAAGCUCUCGGAAGUUUAUUACAUGUAUACGGAAGUAUAUUUUGCUUUAUCUUAUUCUAUGUGAGAGGACAGGAGAUUUCUAUACACUUGAACGGGCUUAUUCUUCUAUUCGGACUGACAAGAAGUUCUCACUUUGCUUGGAAGAUAUAAUACCUGUUGCACUUGGGAGGUAUAUACAAGCUCUUGGGACAGCAAUUUCUCGUGCAGAGUCCCAUGGUUCUAGCAAUAAUAGUACCUUUGAGCAGUUGUUAGAGAAGAUGUUUAACCUAUUUAUGGACCAGGGAAAUUUGUGGUCUGAUUUGGCUGGAUUAUCUGAAUCGAGAAGUACAACUACUCCUGAGUUUUCUGAAAUCACUGUUUAUAGCUUCAUUCACAGGUAUUUACAUGUUUUGGAGAUUGAUGGUAGAGUGGAUGCUCUUGAAGGAGUUAACGAGAAGAUAAGAAAACGAUUUAAAAAUCCCAAGCUAUCAAAUGUUCACUGUGCCAGAGUUUGCAAGCAUGCAUCAUUGGCUUGGUGCCGUUCUAUACUGACAAACUUGGCUUCAAUAACGCCUUUGCCAUUGGAAAUUCACACCAUUCAAUCAGUUACACAAGCUGUGGGAAACAUGGACCAUGGACUUCAGCUUGUUGUAGACCUUCAAACAGAUGAGUUGUUAAACAUCUCAAGUGAAGAUUCAAAUCUGCAGAGCAAACUGAAGGGAAAACUACACCCUCUUUUAUCUCGCAUAAGAAAUGUGCCAAUCAAGCAAGCUACCUCAGAGAACAUGGAUAUAGCUGUGAAAAUAUUACAUUAUGCAUUCAAUUUUUAUCGGGAGAGCUCCUGCGGGGCACUUCCUUCUGGGAUACAUAUGUGUGUGGUACCAUCUCGCUUUCAUCUUCAGGGCACUUUUCCAUCAACUGGCAACAAUGAGCAUGCCUCUAGUGUUGAGGUUCUUGAUCUCAGCAUGCCCAGAAAAUUACUUCUCUGGGCAUACACAUUAGUUCAUGGUCGUUAUUGCAACAUCCAGGCUGUCGUUAAGAAUUGUGAAGAAAAUGCAAAAGUCAUCAACAUGAUGCAUACUAAUGCAUCUUGACUAAGAUACUCAGUUUGUAAAGAAUUUUCUCUCUAGCUUCUUUGGUAUGCAAAGAUGGGAAAGACCUUAGUUUCUCUGGUAUGCAAAGAUUGGACAGUUUUCUUGGCAUGCUUAUUUCAUGUAUAAAUAUUUUCAAAAAGCUUAUUUGCAAGGAGCGAGCUUAAUUUUUUUUCAGGGAA